AUGGCUUCCACGUCCGCUCCGAAAGUCAUCCUCUACACCAACCACCGCUGUCCCUGGGCUCACCGCGCCCACAUCGCCCUUGCCGAGCUGGGUCUCGAGUACACCGAAGAAAUCAUCGACCUCAGCACCCCGCGCACUGCCGAAUACCUCAAGAUCAACCCCCGCGGGCUGGUGCCCUCCAUUAGCUACAACGGCGAAAUCAUCACCGAAUCAGCCAUCGUCUCGAAGUUCCUCGCCGACGCUCACCCGUCCCAUUUGGUCAAGACCAGCAGCGAGCCAGGCGGCGCCCUUCAACGAGCGAGGAUUGAUUUCUUCGUGGACGCCUUCUUUAGCAAGGUCAAUGGAGCUUUCUACGCGCUCUUGAAGGCGGAGGGCGCGGAGAAGGAGAAGUUGGGAGAUGCGUAUGUGCAGAAUGUUGUUAAGGAGCUAGAGCCGUAUCUGCAGGAUGCGGCGCCAUUCUUUGGAGGCUCGAAGCAGUUGACCUUGGUUGAGGUCCUUACCGGCUCGUUCCUCCUCCGAAUCCUCGGCCUGGCUAAGCCUGAGUACAAAGAGCUCAAUCUGUUACCAAGCAGCAUGUUGGAUGGUCUCGAGGCAAAGGCACCGGCGUUCUGGAAAUGGGCUAAUGCUACUGUGGCUGAGAAGAGCGUCAACUUCAUCUGGGAUGAGAAGUUGGUCGCUGAAGGAACCGCGGGGAUGGUUGCGAAGAUGAAGGCUGCUGCAAAGUGA